AUGACCUCCGAGCAACCCGAAGAACCCAUCACCAUCCCCGCCGACCGCGAUGGCGUCGCCUACCUGUACGGCCACCCGCUGCUGAAUUCGCUGUCGCCGCCCCUCCAUGCGGCCAUCUACGCCCACCUGGGUCGCAAUUGGAUCCAGAUCCCCCUGUCCAGCGUCUGCGGCACCUCCGCCACCUAUCCCCCGCCCUACACUCGCUCCCCGCCCAUCGACAAGUUCCUGGCCUCCAUCCGCGCCAACCCCAAGUUCGUCGGCUCGUCCGUGACCAUGCCCUGGAAGGUCGCUAUCAUGCCGCAUCUCGACGACCUCACCGAGGACGCCCGCCAGGCCGGCGCCUGCAACACCAUCUUCAUCCGCCCCAACCCCGACGGCUCCCGCGCCUACGUCGGUACCAACACCGACUGCAUCGGUAUCCGGGAGGCCCUGGUCCAGAACAGCCCCAACCCGGCUGACUUCCACGGCAAGCCCGCUCUCGUGGUCGGUGGCGGUGGCACCGCGCGCUCCGCUAUCUACGUUAUGCGCAAGUGGCUGGGUGCCAGCAAGAUCUACAUUGUCAACCGGGACAGCGCCGAGGUCCAGGCCAUCCUCGACGAGGAUAACCAGCGCAACCCCAGCGCCGACAAGGCUCCCCUCAUCCCUGUCACCGAUCCCGCCGUGGCCCAGACCCUCGAGACCCCCGCCGCCAUUGUGUCGGGUAUCCCCAACUACCCCCCUAAGACGGAGGAGGAGAUCCGGGCGCGCCAGGUCCUGCAGGCCCUGCUGGGCACGGCCGAUGACCAGAAGCCCAAGGGCGUCAUCCUGGAGAUGUGCUACCACCCCGUCAUUUGGACCGAGAUCGCCGAGUUGGCCUCGGCCGCGGGCUGGAAGGUCAUUGUCGGCUCCGAGGCCCUGCUCUGGCAGGGGCUGGAGCAGGCUCGCCUCUGGACGGGCACCGAUGUGGUGGCCGUGCCCGGCCUGCUCGACAUGGUGAAGGAGGUCGUGGCCAAGAACCUGGCGGACCGCCAGAAGUCCACCCUGUGA